GUUUGGUUUAGCAAAUACACACAAAUACAAUGAGAGCUUUUUUGUGUGUGGCUCUUCUUGCCUUCGUGGCCAUCUCAUCGGCCAAAAAAGUAGAAAAACAAACAACGAAUGGCAAACGUGAAAUCUCUUUGGGCGGUGGACUCUUGAGUUCUGGAGCCUCCCUUGGUGGUCUGUCCGGAGGAUACUCCUUCGAAUCUAGCUCCUUUGGCAGUGGCCUCUCCUCUUUCGGAGGUGCUUCUCUCGGUGGUGCUUCCCUUGAUGCCGCUUCCUUGGGAUCUGCCUCUCUCGGAGGUGCUUCCCUCGGCGGUGCUUCUUUGGAUGCCUCUUUUAGCGGUGCUUCUCUCGGUGGUGCUUCCCUCGGUGGUGCCGCCAUCGGUGGUGCUUCCCUUGGUGGUGCUAUUGUAGGAGAUGCCGCUAUCGGUGGUGCUUCUUUGGGAGGUGCAGCCAUUGAAUCUUCUGGUGCUAGUCUUGACUUGGCUGGAGCUUCCUUGGGUGGUGCUUCAUUGGGUGGUUCUUCUUUGGGUGUAUCCACUAUUGACUCUUCUGCCUCUCUCGGUGGUAUCGGUGGUGGCGUUAUUGUAGGCCCCGCUCAAACCAUCAGCGUAUCUUCCGGUCUCGGAGGCGCUCAAUACGCCGCUGAAUACCAAACUAAAGCCGCUCAAAUCGAAGGAAAACUCGUAGGCAAAGCCGUUCAAAACACAGUUGUCAAGACUGUUGUUGAAAAAGUUGCUCAUCCAGUACCACACCCCGUGCCAGUCCCAAUUGUCAAGACUGUAGCCGUACCCCGUCCAUACCCAGUACACUCCGUCAAGGAAGUUAAAGUACCAGUCAACGUAAGAGUACCAGUCGCCGUAUCUAGGCCAGUAGCCGUCCAAGUACCACACGCAGUCCCAGUCCCAGUACAAGUUAAAGUACCAGUCGAAGUAUCUAGACCAUACCCAGUCAAAAUCAUCAAGACCGUAACCGUCCCAGUUGAAAGACAAGUCGUCGUACGCGUCCCAGAAGUAACCAGAGUAGGAGUUUCUCAACCUUACCCAGUUGCCGUCCCAACUCCAGUCCAAGUACGUGUACCAACUGCCCAAAUCGUUCAAGUCCCAGAAGUCAUCCCAGUUAAAAGCCAUGUCCACACCAGAGUAGGUCAACUCGUCAACAGUGGAAUCCGUGUAAUUGGUUUGGGAACAUUGGGAUCCGCAAGCGGACUUGGUCUUGGCGCCGGUAUUGGUGGUGGCGCUAGCGACAUCUCCUUCUCUUCCUCCAGCUCUGGUCUUGGUUUGGGAUCCGGCCUCGCUCUCGGCUCUGGCCUCAGCUCCGGUCUUAGCUCCGGUCUUAGCUCUGGUAUCAGCUCCAUCAGCUCCGGAUCCGGAUUGGCUCUCGGUUCCGGUAUCGGUCUUGGCUCCGGAAUCAGCUCUGGUGCUAGCGACAUCUCUUUCUCCUCCUCCAGCGCCGAUCUCGGUUUGGGAUCUGGACUCGCCCUUGGAUCUGGACUUAGCUCUGGAAUAAGCGACAUCUCCGUCAGCUCCUCUGGUGCCGGAUUGGGUCUUGGAUCAGGAAUCGGUCUUGGUUCUGGAAUUAGUUCUGGAUCUGGCUUCAGCUCUGGAUCCUUGAUUGGUCUUGGAGGUGCUGGAAUCAGCUCCGGAGGCGCUAGUAUUAUCUCUAGCGAAUCCUCCACCGCCAGUGUAGGUUUAGAAGCACCAAGCAGGAAAUACAUUCCAGGCAAAAAAUAAACAUAAUUAUGUGAUAUAGUUUGUAAAUAGACUAAAGAAAUUAAAAUAAACAAAGAUACAAAUUA